AUGUCCAAUUAUACUACCUGCAACAUCCUUCAAAUUGAAACAAAACAGUGACUCCACGCUGCCGCUUGGCGGCAGAAAUAGACAUUGGGUCGUACCUACGACUACCCAAGCGGACUCUCACAUAUGAGAGACCUACAACCAGUAAUACUACUUUCCCUUUCUAUCUGAUUCUUCAAAUCGCCAAUAACUCUUAAAUCCGCUUCCAUCUAUGCUAUAUUUUAACGUCUUUGAUAUGACAUUUUAUUAAGUACUUGAAUAAUUUUAUUAAAUAAAUCAUCGUUCCAAAAUCGGGCAUAGGUUCCCCUUUUCAAGUUUAGUUUUUUUACAAGUUCAAUGUUGUAUUUUAUAAAUCUUUAGUGACACUAAUAUACAUUAUUCGAUUUGUACUCAUAUAAUGAUGUCCAUAUAUACGACCUGAUUAUUUUCCGUUGUUGAUUAACAACUGUCGCUAGACGACACUUCACGUUUCUCGGUCUAAUAUCUGGCAUGAAUAAAUAAUAUAAAUGGCAUAGCAAUUACUGGGUACGGUUCGUUUAAAAACAGACUCGAAGGACCCUGUUAAAAUUAUAAAAACCAUGGAAAUAAAAUUUGCUUCUCCAAAACGUAUAAUACAAUUAAACAAAUAUAUUCACAAAUAUCCAAUCUAGGUAAGCCUUAUCACGAUGAUUUUUUGUACUAGCGCCACAAUAAUAUAUUGACGGCGUGAGAAAUUAAAUUUAAGUUUAUUUAAUCCGAUCGAACAACGCAACAAACUAUUUAAAUGAGUGCGUGCGCCAAAUGUUGAUAAGGGACCGCGGUCUGUUCUUAUUAAUUAAAUAUAUUAAAUACAAGGAAACAGGGACAAAGAACUGCGUCAGUAUUCAUUGUAGAGUCACUUCGUGGAAUCGUACCCACAUUGAAAUUUAGUUGCCAGUUAUUUGUUAGCGUUUUAUAACUGUUACAUUUGACUACAAGUGUGCGUCGUGGCCCAGAGCCCCAGCCCACGCCAUGCAACUGUAUGUGACGCUCGCGUGUACAUUGAUACUGUGCGCGGCCGAGAGGGAAGGCGGCGCCAGUGCCACGCCCGCCAAUCUCAGCCUGGCCAGCCCUAGAGACUCCAGUGGUCCGAUUGGACCGCUAUGCUCUAAAUUCGCCAACACGACUAUCCCCCGUCCUCACACAGAAGGUAUCAUCAGCGUUUAUGGCGAGAGGCGCGACGUGGCGGUGUACUGGAGCGAAGGGCCGGCCCGCGCUGCUGCCGCGCUGUUGCUCGUCACUCUACGAUACAAGCUACGCUACACACGUAUACACCUCAUUGAGGGGCCGCUGGACCUAUGCCAGUUCACCACUAAUAUAAAUAAUCAAUGGAAAGCGAACAAAACCGAAAUAUUUUUGACGGUGGCCCCGACAGUGGCGUGGAACUCAAGCGACACGUGCCCCUCGUGGGUGGACUGCUACCCUCCGACGGACGGGUUCUGCGGGCUGGGUGGCCCGUCGCUAGUAGUAAUGGGUGCGGCGGCCGCGCCGGUGCGCGUGCGUACGUACGUGCGCUGGUCCGCGCAGGCGCGUCUGCUGCCCGAAUGCCAGCAUGCUACAUCUGGGAUUUUCUACUCCAAUAUCACCGUGCUUAAUCUCUGUUCAUUCCUUUCCGGCAAUCAGCAUUCGGGUAACGUCACUAUGUACACGAUUGCAACCGAGAAGGGAGCGCUCGAAGAAUGCAUCAGCUUCGCGACGGAUCUGAAGCGUGUAAAUCUCAAGAAUCGCACAACACUUAAGAAGUUGGUGAAUGACGCACCCGGCUCCUUCCUGUUCCACGACUGGGACAUGUGGCAACACGUUCCCGGCGUGGAAGCGUUGAGUGACUGGUGCGCUAGUCGCCGCUUGUCGCCCGAUCGGGACUCGGAGCCGGUGGGCGUGCGCGCCAUCCACGAGUCGCUGUUCAAAUACGCGCCGCCACUGUUACGCUUUACUCAGCAUUUUGUGCCGGAGCCGAAUGAUCUGCGUGAGGUUCUUGAACUCGAAGCAAGCCGGAACGAUGACAAAAUAGAGGAAGCAGCCUGCGACUGGGCGAACAAUAAUCCGAAACGUCUUCAACAGUGGCUCAAACGAACGAAGCGAUUCGAUCACUCGAUGUUGGCAAUUGUAUGCAAAGAAGACCCGCUUCAAGGUCUCGACGUGUAUCGUAAUAUAACAAUAUUCAUGGGCAAAGAGUUGUGGAAAGUCUCAAAGCUUUCCGAAUUUGGUGUAAAUGUAUACCUAGAAGCUGUCAAUUGUUCACAACCCGAGGAAGCUGGAAUGAAAUUCAAACAUUUUAUGGACUCAACGGAGUCGUACCGCGCGAUCGGUGUGGUAGCGGCAAGAGAGAGCGCAUUGAUACUCGCCAAGGAGGCUGACAUGGCCCACAUGCCGCUCGUCGUGUACGAUGUCAAUACUGAGGGCGCACAUGCCUCUGUCGGCCACCUUGGGGACCUCGCCGCCGCUUUCAUUAAGUUCUUCCAAGAAAAUAAUUGGAAUAGAGUGGCCGUUCUCUCAGAGUCGACUUCAAUCGCUGAGGAGCUGGUGAGGCAUCUCGAGGACAGGCUCUGUAUCUACAACAUAGAAAUGAGUUCCAACAAGACUGAACUUGCGCUGCGUAAGCUUGAAGCACGGCGAGCGCGGGUGAUCCUAUUAAACAUGGAAAUAGGUGCGGCGGAAGCGGUAUUGAAUGAGGCGUCCCGCCUCGGCAUGACGCCGGCUAACAAGUACGCAUGGGUAGCGCGCGAGUGGAAGAGCGCGCCGCUGCCGGCCGGCAUGAGCGUGUUCACGGUGUCGUUCAGCUGCAAUCGUGGCGGCCAAGCGGUCGAGAAUACGUCGCUGCGCCUAUAUUUCGAGACGCUGUGGCAGGACGCAUGGCCGGCGCGCGCCGUCUCGUAUGUUGACGCACUGCUUACUAUCGUACAUGGCUUUGUCACCUUAGUACGCGACUACCCGCAGUAUAGAAAUGAUCACAACGGGCAGAAAGCUUUAGAAUGCUUUUGGAAAGGGCUCGAGAAAAUAAACGCAUCAGGUGUGUGUCAACAACUCCGUUACAAGGGCACCGCACUCGCCGAGCCGCUCGUGUUCAUCGACGAGUGGGUCGAGAGCAAGCCCAUGCUCCUGGCUGAGUGGCGCAUACGCCACGGUAAGAUUGUUAACAUAACAACGUAUCGCCAAGCUUAUCCACACGGGCGCCCAGUUCACGACGGAAGCUCCAGAUGCAUUGUGCAGUCGGGCAACUGCUUUACUCCUGAUUGCCACGACGUCAACAUUGCGUUAGGUAGCAUCGCCUUGGUGGCUACACUCUUGUUCGUGCCGUUCGUCGUGCAGCUAGCACGUCGCGCUUAUCGGCAGCGGCUCGACAAGAUAAAGUCCGAGUUGGGCAGGAGUUGGCUCAGUCAUCGUGAACAAAAGUCGCAAGCGCUGGCGAGCUAUCUGGUACCGCGUGAACAUCUCGAACUGCGCGAGGAGCUCGGCGCGGGUCGCUCGGGUCGGGUGCACCUGGCAUUGCUGCGCUCGCCUGGGCGUACGUUACGAGCCGUCGCCGCAAAGUCGCUACGCAACGACGCCGCGCCCUCAGAGGAAGGAGAGUUCCUGCGCGAGGCGUGCACACUGGUUUCCCUUGACCAUGAACACGUGGUGCGACUCGUGGGCGUCUGUAUCGGGGACCCGCUACUUGUUUUAAUGGAACAUGCGUUUUUCGGAGACUUAUUACGUUACCUACGCGCCAGACGGCACCUCGCAGAGGGUGCGGACAUUGAAGCGAGCUCAGAGGGAGGCGACAUCGGUUCCGAGGAGGCGGCUCACGUGUCCGCCGAGGCGCUGACGCGGCUCGUGCGCGAGGCGGCCGCGGCGCUCGCGUACCUUGCGCACCGCGGACUUGUUCACCGCGACGUGCGAGCCGCUAACUGCCUAGUGGAUUCGCGUCGCUCAAUCAAGCUGGGCGAUUUCGGCAUGGCGCGCGAGACGAGUGAAGCGGGGGCAGACGGCGCGGCGGAGUACGCAUGUCGUCGUCGAGGCAUGUUCCCAGUGCUGUGGAUGGCGCCGGAGAGUCUGGAGCGCGGCGCAUUCUCAGCCGCGUCGGACGUGUGGGGGCUUGGUGUGCUCGCGUUCGAGGUGGUGACGCUGGGCGCGCGUCCGUACGGCGCGUGCCCUCCGCUGCGUGUGCUGCAGCUGGUUACCGCGGGCGGGAGGCCGCGACUACCGUUGGACGCAACAGCGCAGACGCGCGGGGUGACGAACGCGUGCUGGCGGCGCGUGGCGCGGGAGCGGCCCACGGCCUCCGAGCUGGUAGCGUACCUGGCGGAGCACCCGCGCGCGCUGCAGCCGGCGCUGGCUCUCGACUACGAUGAGCCGGACGUGGACAGCGGCUAUGGCGAGCCUGACGUUGCAGAUUCCCCGGACAUCUUUGACGGGCCCUCGCCAGAUUCUGCCACUGCUUUUUUUCCAGCCUAGUGCAGUACUCACCGCUUAAACGAACGACUCAUUCAAAUAAUAUUAGAGUAACGAAUACAAUCACGUAUAAUACAUUUUAAAGUUAUGUAUUAAGUAUGUACGCAAGGAAGUUUCAUAGAGAACCCAAAUAUUAUAUCAUAUCCAGCUUUUGCUCGCGGCUUCGGUCCUGUGAAAAAGUUUAUCCGGGAUAAGUCCCGGUUUAUCUUUUCUCGAGAUAAAAAGUAGUCUACAGCACUCAAGAGUAACGUAGUUUCCUAUUAAUGAAGAAUUGAAAUGUCUAAAAUUGAUCGUUUAAACAAACAUAAAAACUCUUUAGCCUUAUAUAACACUAGAUUUUGUUCACGGCUUCACCCACGUGAAAGAAUUUUCCGGGAUAAAUGUCUCGCUGUACAUUUUCCUGGGAUAGGAAGUAGCUUAAUAUGUCCUUUAACAGAGUUUUAAACUAUGUAACUAACUAAUCAAAUUAAACCUGAAUCUGUUGGGUAGUUUUUGAGUUUAUUGCGUUGAGAUAGGCAGACAGAUGCGACGGGCGACUUUCUUUUAUAAUCAUUUUUUUAGAACUUUUUGAGUUACAAUACCGCCAUACAUUGUUGUUGCGUAACUUUAACCGAUUACGCAGCUCAUGCAACGGAAGGUCUUUAAAGGAAUAAAUUUUUCGACGUUUUU